GUGGGCUGGGCCAGGGAGGCUCACCAGGCAUAAAGAGCCCGACGUUGCUCCAUCCCCACAGGCUCCGGAGCCAGAGUCCAGCUCACUCCCAGUUGGACAGCUGACAGCUCAGAGCAGACCCGGCAGCAUGAAGCUGUGCGUGCCUCUCCUGCUUGUGGCUCUAGGGCUUUGCUUCUAUGAGGCCAAUGCUGUUCCGUGUCCUGCGGUUUUAAAGGAAACGGUAGACUUCCUGAUGUUGAGUAAGCCCUUUUAUAAACUGAGUCUUGCCAAGUUCAACGCAUCUGCCGAAGUCGUGGCCGCAAAGAUGCUAGUGAAGGACUGCGUGGAUGAGAUGGACUUACUCUCCAGGACCGCUGUAGUAAACUCCCUGAACAAAGUUGCAGUCAGAUGUAUUUAGACCAAAAGCAUCUCUUCUCCUGAUGUGCUCAUUUUUUCAGGAUUCCCUGGUCUUUACUGGGAAAUGUAAAGGUUUCAACGUCUUGCUUCAAUAAAUGUCUUGC